CUGGCUGAUAGUUUAGUACAGCGUAAAUAUGCCUUGCUAGAGGGAGCAUUUGGAGACACAUAGGAGAAAGGCAGAAAUCAGGAUGAAGAAGCAUCACUCUGUGCAGGGGACUAUUAGCAGACUCUUUGGGAAAAAACAUGGGAGCAGCAGCAGCAGUCCCACCACCUCUCUCUACGUCACCAACCCCCCCUGGCUCUUCACACAAGAGGUUGCCCCGGACAGCUCAGCACGUUCUUCUGGUGAUAUAGAUGGCAUAUACUAUGGAGACAGUCGCUUUGGGACAGUAACAGAUUCUGGAACAGCAACAUUGAAGCCACGGCCAAGAGUCCGACCUCUAUUGACUUUCUUACCCCUUAAUGCUCAAGAGGCACAUGGAGUGGCUGUCCCAACACCAUCAGUGCCAGAAGGCUUUGAAGAGAAAGCAGCGCUGGGGCUUGGUUCCCAAAUCAAUGGUAGUUACAGAAAAUACAACUCAGUUAUUGAUCUGAGGCCCAAGGCAUUUGAAGAUGACUACUUGGCUGAUGAUGAGAUUCCACCACCACCAUCAGUUCCUCCCCCCCCACCACCACCAUCAGUUCCUCUUCCUACACCACCACUACCACUGCCAACCUCAAUUGAACUACUGCCAUCUCCUACUUCAGUGGAAGAGCCAUUUCUACCUCCAGUGGAAGUUCCACCUCCACCUCCAGUGCCUCCUCCACCCCCACCAGCUCCAUCUCUUUCAUCCCUGGCUCCACCUUCAUAUCCAUAUUCUAAUUUGUCUUCUCCUACUACUCCAUCUCCACCAGACUUCAUUCCUCCUCCUCCUCCUCUGGCUUUUAUGGAUGGUGCAGCCCCUCCUACAACUCCCCUUUUACCACCACUUCAUACUCCACCCUUUUCAAAUGGUGUCUCCAAAUGGAAAUCUGAGACUGUUCUAAAUCUGAGGCAGCCAGAAGAUGACUCUCACAAUCCAAAUUUGAUUGUUCCACUCAGCCCUACCCAGAAGGAGAAAGAACUGCCCCAAACCAGCCCAGACCCUCAUCAAACCUUCCCCAGGUCAUUUAAAAUACCUCCUCCAACCCCUGUGAGAACAUCAUCUAUUUCCUCCGGAGACAAAGAACCAAGCCCGAGAGAGGAGCAGGCCCCUAAAAUGGUUCCUCACAGCCGACCUGCACUGCCACCUCACUUUACGGUACGGACUGCAGCCACUGCUCACUUAGAAGGAGAAGCUAGAGAGAAAGAUCCUUUGGAAAAACUAACAGUAGAAAAGCCUUCUAUAUUCAUCACAGGGUCUGGGAGUCCAAAACCAACACCUGAAUCUAAUGGCUAUUCUACCUCCCCACUGAAGUGUGAGAUACAAAAAGAACUGGUGCCACAACAGGCAGCACUGAAAGACUGUUCUCAAAAACCAGUGACUCCACGUGGAGAAGAACCACAGCUUCCUUCUCCAGACUGGACAUCCUCUGAUGAUGAAGACUGGAAGGAACGCAGCAACCUAGACAAGCUGAAGCACGAACUGUCAGCCCUGCUGUCCUCUUCCUACAGAAAGGAAGACAGGCAGCUGGAGAAAGCUGCAGUUCACAAGAGUAGAACAAGCACUGCAGAUUGUAAGCAGGUCAAUAUGGAAGAAUUAAAACAAGCUAAACCUUCCAUGACUGGCCCACAGUCACCAGCAGGUACAGACACUGAGAGGAAAGAGAAAGUACCAGGUAAUGUACCAUCUGCUGGCAAAGUUUUGACCAAUAACGUCAACUCAAAUCCAGAUAAUAAAUCUACCAGCACGCAGGCAAAUUGUGUUCUGAAACUCAAAAAUGAAUUGGAAGCUUUGUUGUCUCCAGCCAAGGAUGGAGGGCCACCUUUGGCUUUUGCCAACCUGAGGCACAAUCCAGAACCAAAGAAACAAAUUACUCUUCAGUUUGGUGGCAGUGAGUCCAAGAUUCCAAAACCCACAAUAAAUCAAAAUACACCAAUGUCUGAACUGAGAGGAAAAGAGCCUGAGAUCCCUAGCGCCCCUGCUAAUAGCUCCACAUAUGGAAACAUUUGUAAGCCCCCAGUCUCCCCUCUGAAACCAAAGCCUGAACUUAUGGUUCCCACUGCACCUUCACCAGCCUCUUCUGGGACUGCCUCACCAGUUCGAACUAUAGCUCCCAGUAUGGAACUUUCUCACCUACAAUACAAGAUACACAGGACAAGAUUUGCCUCCACAGAUAGCCUGCCCUCUGUGAUGUCUUCCCAAACUGCAGAAGAGGGGCCAAUCCCCACAAAUAACAAUGAAAACCAAAGAGACUCUGUCAAACGCAGGUUCUCAGAGACACCUGCAAUCAACAGGAGCACAGAGCAAGUGAACAGCAAUGUUUUAAUCCAUCCUGUCACAGGAGAGGAAGUUGAGAGAGGCUCCCCAAUGGCUCUUCUCCUGGCUGCACAACAACGGGCCCAGAGAGGCAGGUGUUCUGCCUCAGCCUCACGACAAAACAGUUAUAUAUCCGAGAGGCCUCAGUUUAAGUUAUCAGAAAAGCUGCGCAACAGCAGCCAGUCAGAAACCAUGUCAUCCACCAUUUACUACAACAAUACCAAGCCUAACACUGUUAUGGUUAUUCCCAAGGGCCCUCAAAGGGAAUCCUCUGCAGCCCCAGAAAGUAAGCAGCCUAAUGGGGCAAGCCCAUCGGACAGCAGAGCCUGUGGUUUGUCUAACUUAGGGCGGAAACAACAUGAUAAACCCCUGUUAUUUUCCAGCACUUCAGAACAAUCCAGGGAUUUGCACAAACUCAGGGAGAAUGAAUCUCAGAAUCUCCCCCCAAAUAGGUGUGGUGCUUCCAUUUUGGGUCCAGGCUUCUUGGAGUCCAGCCACUCGAAGCAGCAAGACUCUUCCAGUAUGUCUGCUACUCCCCUCCCCUCUCUCACGAAACCUCAAACGCACACCAAUAGCAAUGAGGCAGAAGAAGGAUUCAGUUAUGAGAUCAUUCCACCCCCACCAGAGUUCAGCAAUGAUGACAAUGGAGCCACAGAUAUUUCUUCAAAGGGGGAAGAGAAGCUCAAAGGCUUCAACACCUCAGUGGAUGAUCAAGUCUCAGAUAAGCACGUUCAUUUCAACCAUUCAAGCUACACAUAUGGCAACAGUUAUUCCCUAAUAUCCAAUCCUGCUCUGGAAAGCAGUGGGAGGCCCAGUGCAUACAGCCACCAUUACUCAGGUGGAAGUUACCCUGCUGGCUACCUCAGUUGCUAUUCCAACAGCCGCCCUCUAAUUAAGAAGCGGCUAUACGUGUCAGAGCCUGAUGGAUCAUAUGACAGACAAGCCAUUUCUGCUCGCAGCAUAAAUACACCCAGUUCUUACAGCCACAAUACAGUGACAUACAAUUCCCAAUUUAUGGAAGGGAUGCGCCGGAACUCUACUCACCGGAACAGCAAUGCACAGGGCAGGAGGCUGUCCCUGGAAGCACCUGCGAAAAUAGUGACUUACAAUAACGCGGCCAAUGACGUCAAGUAUAAAGGGCAAAAUGGAGAGUAUUCCACCAGUACUGGCAGACCUUCCCAUGGAAAUCUAGUGUUUGGUGGGACUGCAAAUACAUUUACUGUCAGACCUGGAACAAGACAGCCUAUUUCUUACACCUAUCAAGGAGGUCUUCGAUAAGAAGAAAAUGCUGUCAUUUUGUACGCAGCUUGGCCAAAACAUCACCGAACUCCUCCUCUUUGCUUUGCUGGGAAUCUUCCUCAGAUAAUGUUUAGGGGGGGCACAUGAGCUUGCAAGUGGUCUACAGUUGUUUCAGUACCACCUCGUUAAUAGAAUGGGUCUAAGUUAUUAUGGCCAAGGGUAAGUCUUAUGAACUGAUAGCCUGCUUCUAAGGUAUUCUAUGCAAUAUGAGUACCAAAUGCAAGUAGCAUGCAAUGAUUCAGCAACACUUGCUUAAUUUAUAUGCUUUAAAAAAUUAGAUUACGUCCUUGUGUCUAGGACUAGUUAACUGGUGACUAUCAUUAUGAAACAAACUUUUUUUGUACCACCUUCAUGAAUAUGCUUUAGUCACUCCAAAAAAAGAGCAAAGGAAGAAAGGACACCCUCAUCUCAGGCAAACGACAGACCAGGGAGAGUCCAGCAACAGAGAAGUGUGAGUAUACAGUCCAGGAGCCAAGAUAAGAUGGACAGCUGAGGAGCAGCAGCCAAUUAAAACACAGAACUGAACCCCCAAAAUUCUAGUGUGUGAAAUCUGAUGACAGCUGUGGGAAUGAAGAAGGGAUAAAGUACAAGCCAUGCAAAACAUGUAAAGGGGACAAAGGUUGCCUACAUUUUAGGGUGCUUAUGCUUUUAAACAGCUAAACUAUAAGAGAUUUAGUAGCUAAAAUUUGUUGCUAGAGGCCAAGCCAUGGCACAUUUUCUUUGGUAAUAGAAGCCAGCCCAAAAAUGCAGGAACCUGGCUAAUAUUUCUUCCUUCAGCAUUACGUAUGACAUAUUUUAUAAUUAUUGCUACCAUGAAAUUACUAGGGGCAACAAUGAAAUUUCUAAGUGUCAUGGCAACCUGGCACCUGGGAAUUUGUCAAGCACUGGUAUAGCCAUCUCUAAGCUCAGAAGAGCUCCACUUGUUGAAUUUCUGCUUGCUAUAUAACUUAGAGGUACAAGUAUCCUGACGGGCCAACACAGGAAAGACUGAGCCAGCUGGACCUGGGUCUAUUGGGAAAUAAAGAGAUGGCUCUUUCCCUGUUUCUCUACCAGUCUCUUCACUCACUGUCAUUCCUGCUAUGGUGAAAAACUAGUCCUACUAACUACUACACGUAGAAGAAGGCAAAGCAGCAAUUGAAGAUAGAAGAUGAGAUGUGAAUGACUGUGUGUAAAGUAGUUUAGGCAGGCUGCAGAUGCUUAGAAAGUCCCUGCUUGCACUGGUUUGGAGAAUUUUUUUAAUGCUUUUCUUUGAACACUUUAAUAAACAGGUGCUGGCACUUAUAAAACUCAUUUCCAAGGUGUAUCUCAAUGGACAACUAUUUUGAUUCCUGAAGCCUGCUCCUAACAAUGUUUAUUUUGAAUCAUGUCCCAAUUAUUUCUUGAGAUUUACUUCCAAACAGUAUAGAUUUGCAUAUAUCUCUCAUAUUAGUGUGGACCCUGCAGUAAAUUUACACUAGCAAGUUUUUGCCGGUUCUCCCUUCCUACUGCAGAUUUUUAACUCUCCCUCAUACAUUUUGUGUGUUCAGUGCCGGCGCCUCCAUUGAGGCAACCCCAGCGAUUGCCUCCAGUGCUGAGGUGCCGGAGAGGGUACCGGGGGCGGGGGCGCACGCUGCGGAGCUGGCAGCGGCAGUGUGCAGGCAGGCUGACUGGGAGGGAUGGGAAGUUGCCCGCGCGCUGCCCCAGCCACCUGCCAUGCCUGGCCCACAGCUACUGCAGCCUCCCAGCUCUCCUGUGCUGCUGCUGCCGCCACACACACCCCCAGCGGGGAACAGCAGCCGCCGGCCAGGCGUGGCAGGUGUCCAGGGCGGCGUGCGGAGCAACAGAACGGGAGGGCUGGGUGGAUGCACGCACACCUCGCCAGCCACCCACCGUGUCUGGCUGGGCCAGCAGCCUCUCAGCCCAGCCACCCGCCGCCCCGCAGUCUGGGCACGCACGAGGGGGCAGGAGCAGUCCUGAAGCUGCUCCCCCUGGUGCCAGAAACUGGCGCCGGCCCUGUGUGGGGGGGGGAAGGGGGGGUUCCCUGUUCCCCGGGAGAAGCAUUUCAGGCUGCAGCUGGAGGAGGGAAGCAAGGAAUUCCAUUUCCACUGACAGAAAUGCCUUCCAGCAGUGGUUUUACCACAGGAUCCAAGCCAUAUGAGAGUACUUCAUAACGUAAGUACUGUUCUUUUAUAUGAUGUUAACUUUGUAAAUGUUUGCUUUGUAAAUGUUGAAUUAAGAGAAAGUUUUGGAACCUGGAUGUGAAUCCAGUGGUACCUUAGAGACCCACAAUAUUUUCAGGGUGUAAGAUUUCAAGUGUCAGAGGGUCUGAAGAAAGGAGCUCCAACUCUUGAAAGCUUAUACUCUGAAAAUCCUGUUGGUCUCUAAGGUGCCACUGGACUAAAAUCCUGCUGUUCUACGGCAGACCAACACAGCUAUCCACCUAAAGUUAUCCUUCUGGAACUCCUUCAUAAAUUAUUCCCAUAUACCUCAGAUGCCUCAACAGUAAAAAAAAAUCAAAAUAAACAUCCAAAAAUUC